UUCUCUCUUUGCUUUUCUCUCACUUUUUCGUCUCUCGUUUGCUCCGAUCGGAAGAAGAAAAAGAAGAAGAAGACAGGAAAUCAAUGGCGUUUUCGAGAUUUGCAGUGUUGAUGGUUUUGGCUAUGGUGGUGGUAUCUGCCUUUGCACAGGCUCCUGGAGCGGCUCCUAAAGCGGCGCCGGUUCCUACUAAAGCACCGACUGUAGCACCUACUAAAGCACCAGCGGUUACACCGGCGGCUGCUCCUGCUCCUAAGAUAACUACACCACCGGCAUCUGCUCCUUCUCCAGUGUCGACUCCACCGAUUUCUUCUCCGCCAUCACCUCCUGCAUCUUCGCCCGCUGCUCCUACUCCUUCUGCGAUCUCCUCUCCUCCAGCAGAAAGUCCUACGGGAACAGCAAAGAACGGCGCUGUUUCUUACAGAGUUGGAGCGGCUGUUCUUUUGACCGUCGCUUCCGCUGCUUUUGUGAUGUAGAUCUGUUGAUCGUAGUUCUCUUUCUCCCCUUUCGCACGGGGUCAUAAGUCUCAUAGAUUUAGAUCUUGCUUAUCCUUUUUUUUUUUGUUUAAUUUGUAUUUGUGGGCUCUUGAUGAGGGGAUGAUUUGUGACGGUGGUGGUGGUUGUGGUGGUGGUGGUUUUGUGGUGGGAUUGAUUCUUGUGGGAGUUAUUUUGAUUCGAUUCAUCCUUAUUUCUUGUUAGUAUUAUUUAUUGUCAUUAUAAAUAUUGAAUUCUUUCUAUUUGUUUCA